AUGUCGUUCUUAAUUCCCCUUCUAGCCACCUCCUUCCUCCUCACUGGCCCAGCACCAACGCUCGGAGCUACCUACUCCUUGAUCGAAUCACACGCGGGAAGUUCGUUCUUCGACGGAUGGAUCUACGAGACCGGGUAUGAUAACACCACUAAUGGGGAUACGACAUGGAGUUCCUCCCCCUCGCUCGCCUACGUAAACUCGGACAACCAGGCCAUCAUCAAGGUGGACAACACAUCCACGGUCCCGUACAACGAGAAACGCGACUCGGUCAAGCUCCUCUCCCAGAAUUGGUACAAGGCGGGGACUGUAUUCAUCAUGGACGCAGUACACGUGCCGGUCGGGUGUAGUGUCUGGCCAGCUUGGUGGACUCGAGGACCUAAUUGGCCAGCCGGUGGAGAGAUCGAUAUCUUCGAGCCUGUCAACUUGCAGACGACCAACCAGUUCGCUUUGCAUACGACCGAAGGAUGCACGGCCACGCCCGAUGCCUCGUUGAACCCGACAGGGACAGUCGGGACGACCAAUUGCGAUCAAGACGCCAACUACGGGUCGGGGUGUACGGUCAUCGGUGGCGAUGCUGGAACGGUCUUCAACCAAAAUGGGGGUGGGGUUUAUAUCAUGGCUUUCGAGACGACGGGAAUCACGAUCUGGUACCACCGUCGAUCCGAUAUCCCUACCUUCCUCAGCUCUACCGCAUCCAGUAUCGAUACCUCCGCCUUGGGAACCCCCGUCGCUUCCUACUCUUCCAGCUCGUGUGAUAUCAGCAAGUUCUUCGCUAGUCAGCAGAUGACCCUAGAUAUCACCAUGUGUGGGGACUAUGCGGGUACGGCGAGCGUUUUGGAGGCGACUUGUGGGGCUUUGGUCGGGGACCAGACUUGUUACAGUGAGUACCGGUACAGUUUCGUUACCAGAAGUAUCCGUGGGCUGACAUCGAUGUUUACGUGUUGGAACAGCUACCUACGUACUCAACUCGACCGUCUACAACGAUGCCUACGUGAGACGGAUUCCCACCCUCCAAUCUCUUACGAGAGUACUGACUCGAAGCCUCUCCUUCCAAACUAUAGUUCCAGAUCAACUAUCUCAACGUUUACGGCGGCGACGACUCGAUCGACAAGGAGCUCAGCGGUUCCAGCACGGCGUCCUCCACCGCCACCUCUACAGUUACGGGUUCGUCAGGCUCGGGAAUGGGUACAGCGACUUCGUCAGCUAGGGUGA